AACGCAACACGCGUUGGACUGCGCAGGUCAGGAAGUUGUGUCUGGUUUUGUUUUUCAGCGAACAGUCGGGUCAGAGCAGUGAAAAGAUGUCGACAUCACUGAGCAUGCGCAUCCUCCGCUGCUACUCCAAGCAAGGCACGAUUGGAUGGAGCCCUGGCGCCACACGCUCAUUCAGCGUGAGUGUGAAGAAGGAGGGUUAUAAGUAUGUGAAUGCUCAGGAGUUGCCCACAGACCUGAAAUCCAUCACUGACCGGGCUGCUACAACUCUCCUAUGGACCGAGCUCUUUAGAGGACUUGGAAUGACCAUGAGCUAUCUGUUCCGUGAACCUGCCACCAUCAACUACCCGUUUGAGAAGGGGCCUCUGUCGCCACGCUUCCGGGGAGAGCACGCUCUCCGCCGCUACCCCAGCGGAGAGGAGCGCUGCAUUGCCUGUAAGCUGUGUGAGGCCAUCUGCCCCGCUCAGGCCAUCACCAUUGAGGCUGAGACUCGAGCUGACGGCAGCAGGAGAACCACUCGCUAUGACAUCGACAUGACCAAGUGCAUCUACUGUGGUUUCUGCCAGGAAGCCUGUCCUGUCGACGCCAUCGUAGAGGGUCCAAACUUUGAGUUCUCCACAGAGACCCACGAGGAGCUUCUGUACAACAAGGAAAAGCUGCUCAACAACGGAGAUCGAUGGGAGGCUGAGAUUGCAGCCAACAUUCAGGCAGAUUACCUGUACAGAUAGAUUGUUGUAUCAAUCCUCUCCCUGUAAAGUUGCAUAAAAAUGACCCAUAUUAUUGUGCUUGUAUGAAUUAAAGAGAUUAUUUCUGUUGUGAAAGAAAUUACUUUACUGCUUUACUCUCUUAUAAUUCACCAAACAUCUGUUGUUAGAUACAUAUUUUCUUUUUAAUUAGACAAUGGGUAUUCUUGUAUACAGAUGUAACAAUUAAAUAAUUUAUCAAGAAAAGUCAAGAAUCGGUCCUCAUUGCUGUAGAAAAUAAAACAACAUAUGUCUUGUGAUAAAGUGAACGCCUGUCUUGGUGUGUUUCUGACCAAUUUUUUAACACUGAAAGAAAUAGAAGACUGUCAUCCAACAUACUUCUUUUAUAAACUAUUUGAACUUUUAAAUAAUACAGAAACUCCUUAUAUGCCUGUUAAGAGCAAUACGUGCACAAAAUACAGCAUAUUCACAUGAAUCCAGUGUCUUUACUGAGCUCAAAGAGCUUUCUGACCAUGUUUUAUUUCUUUAAGUAAGACACUGAACUUCUGUGUUCCGUUAUUUAACAAUUCCGUUUUUUCCCCCCUCUGGCUAUAAUACUUAUAUAAUGCUCUGUGUAAUGCUUCUUUCUGUUGCUGCUGUGACAAGUACAUUUCCCCGGUGUGGGAUGAAUAAAGUAUAUCUUAUCUCAUUUAAUUUAACAA